GGCGUUUCGAUGAUAUCAGCGCUCGCCGAUUGGAAAAGAAAUAACAAAACGUUAAACAUAACAAUAUUAAUAUAAGUUUUAUUUCUGGUGCCACAGUGCGACAAGACGCUACGGCAGGCACGUGAUAACGUUGACCGCCGCCGGCCGAUACGACAACGACACCGUGACUUACAAGUUAGGAGUUUACUGUUUAGGACCAUAGACAUCGAGCACGCUUGUCGCAUAUUAUUCAUAUUGCCCUUUACACGUGAAUAAACGAUACCUCCGAGCACGAGUUCGUUGUAAAUAUUGUCAUCCGCGUCUGACUGAUUCAAAUAGUAGAAGUCUAAUAAUUGAUCACAGAUAUGGCAACACAACAGUUCUACACAGUGACGGCUCACAAGCCUACAGCGGUCGUCACCAGCAUCUCUGCAAAUUUCACAUCACCGACCGACCGUAAUCUACUUGUUGCAAGAUUUAAUCGUAUUGAUAUAUCUUUAGUCACUGAAGAAGGUUUACAGCCAAUCAAAGAAAUAGCAUUAUAUGGCAAAAUUGAAAUAAUGAAAGUUUUCCGCCCUAAGCAUAAGGAUAAAGACUUGUUAUUUGUAGUAACUGCUCGAUACAACACCAUGAUAUUAGAAUGUGUUCAAACAGAAAGUGGUGAUAUUGAUAUUAUUACAAAAGCUCAUGGUAAUAUAUCCGAUCAAAUUGGGAAAAUAUCAGAAAUUGGUGCUAUGGCAGUCAUUGAUCCUAGUGCAAGAGUCAUUGGUCUAAAAUUAUACGAUGGAUUGUUUAAAAUCAUACCAUUGGAUAAAGAAGGAGAACUAAAGGCUUAUUGUUUAAGGAUGGAAGAAGUCGAAGUACAAGAUAUUGAUUUUCUGUACGGCUGUGCUAAUCCAACCAUUAUUAUUAUACAUCAGGAUACUAUGGGCCGCCACAUUAAAGCUAAAGAAUUAUCUAUAAAAGAUAAAGAAUUUGUGAAGACUCCUUGGAAACAAGAAAAUGUUGAAACCGAAGCUUCAAUGAUUAUUCCUGUUCCCGAGCCUCUCUGUGGUGCUAUUAUUAUUGGUCGAGAAUCAGUUUUGUAUCAUAAUGGUUCAUCUUUUAUUGCUAUUUCUCCUCCUGUCAUAAAGCAAAGUACAAUAGUAUGUUAUGCUAGAAUUGAUCCAGAAGGUACAAGAUAUUUACUUGGAGAUAUGGCUGGACAUUUAUUUAUGUUAUUACUGAAUUAUGAAAAAAACCCAGAUGGUACAUUUAAAAUCAAAGAUCCAAAAGUUGAUUUAUUGGGAGAGAUUAGCAUACCUGAAUCACUUACAUACUUGGAUAACAAAAUAAUAUAUGUUGCAUCUCGAGUAGGUGACUCUCAACUUAUAAAGCUCAAUAAGAAGCCUGAUCAAUUUGGUUCACAUAUCACUGUCUUAGAUACGUUUAUGAAUUUAGGACCUAUUGUUGACAUGUGUGUUAUAGAUUUAGAACGACAGGGCCAAGGACAAGUGGUUACUUGCUCAGGAGCAUAUAAAGAAGGAUCUCUUCGAAUAAUACGUAAUGGAAUAGGAAUCCAAGAGGUGGCCACAAUUGAUUUAGUUGGAAUUAAAGGAAUGUGGCCUUUACGCAUUACUACUGAUAGUCUACUAGAUGAUACAUUAGUUUUAUCUUUUGUUGGACAUAGCAGAGUGUUAGCAUACAGUGGGGAAGAAGUCGAAGAAAUAGAUUUAGAAGGUUUUCAAUCUGAAUUACAAACAUUUUACUGUGGUAACACAUCAGAUAAUAAAAUGGUCCAAAUAACAUCUGCUAGUGUUAGAUUGAUCUGUCUGGAAAGCAAAUGUUUAGUGAGUGAAUGGAAUGUCCCUGAUGGUAAAAGUAUCAAUGUAGUGUCAUGUAAUGGUCAUCAAGCUGUUUGUGCUACAGGUAAUAGCCUGUAUUACAUAGAAAUUGGAACAGAUAAAGUCGAUCAAAAAGGAUUUAUUACAUUAGAACAUGAAGUAUCUUGUCUUGAUGUUUGUUCAUUUAAAAAUGAGUUUUACAAAAAUUCAAGUUUGGUAGCUGUUGGUUUAUGGAUGGACAUAUCUGUAAAAAUUCUUCAACUUCCUGACUUUGUAGAACUUGUUCGAGAGCCUUUAGGCGAAGAAAUCAUACCUCGGUCAAUAUUAAUGGUAACAUUUGAAAAUAUUGACUAUUUAUUAUGUGCGUUAGGAGAUGGCAGCUUAUGUUAUUUCCAUUUAAACCCUGAAAAUGGAGUAUUAAGUGAUAAGCGUAAGGUCAAUCUUGGUACACAACCUACUUUAAUCAGAAAGUUCCAAUCACUUGCUACUACAAGUGUAUUUGCAUGUUCAGAUCACCCAACUGUAAUCUAUUCAUCAAAUAAUAAAUUGAUUUUCUCAAAUGUUAAUCUGCGCAAAGUUAACCACAUGUGUUCGCUUAAUACAAAAAGUUAUCCAGAUAGUUUGGCUAUGGCAACUGAUACUGCUAUUAUUAUUGGUACAAUUGAUGAAAUGCAAAAACUUCAUAUUCGUACCAUUCCUCUCGGAGAAGCACCUAGACGAAUAGCACACCAAGAGUCAAGCAAGUCAUUUGGUAUAAUAACAAUGAGGAUAGAUGUUCACGAAGGAAUUAAUUUAGUCCCUGCUAGACCUAGUGCUAGUACCAGUGCUCAGAAUAUUUCCGGUGCAAUUAACAAUCGUAUGCCAAAUAAUGCAUCAGCAGUAAAUAGUAAUCAAGGACCAUUAAGUAGUGAAUAUGGUCUUGAAGUUGAAAUUCAUAAUAUGCUUGUACUGGAUCAAAACACUUUUGAGGUGUUACAUGCACAUCAGUUAAAUUCUAAUGAGUAUGCUUUAAGUAUCAUAUCAGCAAAAUUGGGGGAUGAUCCAGCUACUUAUUAUAUAUUGGGAACAGCUGUUGUAAAUCCCGAAGACCAAGAUCCCAAAUUGGGACGUAUACUUAUAUUUCAUUGGGAUGAUUCUUCAUCAAAACUUACACCAAUAACUGAGAAAGAAGUAAAGGGUGCAUGUUAUGGUAUGGCUGAAUUUAAUGGUAAACUUUUAGCUGCUGUUAAUUGUACAGUUCGAUUAUUUGAAUGGACUGCGGAAAAAGAAUUAAGACUUGAAUGCAGUCACUUUAAUAAUAUUGUAGCACUAUUUGUGAAAACUAAAGGUGACUUUAUUGUUUGCGGUGAUUUGAUGAGAUCAUUAACAUUGUUACAAUACAAAACUAUGGAAGGCAGUUUUGAAGAGAUCGCUAGAGAUUACAAUCCAAAAUGGUCAACAGCCAUAGAAAUUAUUGACGAUGAUGUAUUCUUAGGUGCAGAAAAUGAUAAAAACUUAUUUAUUAUACACAAAGACAGCACAUUGACAAGUGAUGAAGCCCGACAUCAACUUCAAGAAAUUGGUCAAUUCCAUUGUGGAGAUCUAAUAAAUGUGUUCAGACAUGGUUCAUUAGUUAUGCAACAUUUCACUGAUACAUAUGUUUCAGUUCAAGGCGGUAUUCUUUAUGGUACUUGCAGUGGAGCUCUAGGGUUGGUGACACAGUUGACUCCCAAAAUGUUUGACUUUCUGUCAGAUUUAGAAAAGAGUUUAGCUACUGUGGUUAAAGGAGUGGGAAAAAUUAAUCAUCAAUUUUGGCGAAGCUAUCAUACUGAAAUAAGAACAGAACCAUCUGAAUCAUUUGUGGAUGGAGAUUUAAUUGAAAGCUUUUUAGAUUUAUCAAAAAGAGAAAUGAUAGCAGUUGUUGAUGCACUUCAGGGGGCCUACGAUCAUGAAUUCAAGAAGAUUCCAAAAGACACUAAGAUCAGUCUAGACGAUGUCAUCAAACUGGUUGAAGAUUUAACCAGAAUACAUUAAUUGAUUGGUACUUAAUUUGGAUCUUUUUCUUUUUGGGUGUUUCUUAUAAUUUAUUUUGUAUUGAAACACAAUUUUCUUAAUGUAAAAAUUAUGUAUUAUAUCUUUCAUUAAG